AACAUAUUGAUACUUUUCAUCCCACCCUCCCUCCACCGCGGCGGGGGCGGCGGCGGCGGCGGCGGCGGCUUCCGCUCGACCACCUUCGCCAGCACGUCGGCCACCCCUCAGCAAAGCAACGGCAGCGGGGGCGGCAAGCAGAGUAAGCAGGAAAUCCACUGGAGGUCUGCUCGGCUGAGAAACACUAAAUACAAAUCCACUCCAGCGGCCGAAAAGAAAGUGUCCACCAGAGGCAAAGGGAGAAGGCAUAUUUUUAAAUUGAAAAACCCCAUCAAAGCUUCCAAGUCGGUCUCCACCAUAAUUACUGCAGAGUCCAUCUUCUACAAGGGUGUGUAUUACCAAAUUGGCGACGUGGUUUCUGUGAUUGAUGAGCAAGAUGGAAAGCCCUACUAUGCUCAGAUCAGGGGUUUCAUCCAGGAGCAGUACUGCGAGAAGAGUGCGCCUCUGACGUGGCUCAUUCCCACUCUCUCCAGCCCCAGAGACCGGUUUGAUCCUGCGUCCUAUAUCAUAGGGCCAGAAGAAGAGCUCCCAAGGAAGAUGAAAUACUUGGAGUUUGUUUGUCAUGCACCUUCUGAAUAUUUCAAGUCACGGUCAUCACCUUUUCCCACGGUUCCUACCAGACCUGAGAAGGGCUAUAUAUGGACUCACGUCGGACCUACUCCUGCAAUAACUAUCAAGGAAACAGUCGCCAACCAUUUGUAGUUGGAAACUUGCAGUGGGAGGGCGCCUGGUGUAGCAGUGAAGCUGCCAGUUGGGAAGCCACAGCCCAUAUCAGAGGGCCUGGGCCCAAGGCCUGGCUCCCCUCCACAUUCCAGCUUGCUGCUAAUGUGCACCUUGGGAGGUAGCAGGUGAUGUAUCCAGCACUUAUCUCCCUGCCACCCGUGUGGGAGACCCAGGUGAAGUUCCGCACUCCUGGAUGUGGCCUGGCCCAGCCCUGGCAUUGCAGGCAUUUGGAGAGAGAGCUGGCAGGUGGGAGCUCCCCGCUUUGCCUGUCUCUGUGUGUGUGUGUGUGUCUCUGUCUCUCAAUAGGAAAAAAAUAAUUAGAACUGGAUUUCCAGUUAUCUUGUACUCAUAUUAUUACAAGAUAAUGCCACAUGUUUCUUAAAUGAAAUUUUUAGCUGGAAAAAUGAGUAGGUUACAGUUUUUUUCCCUACUACCCGAUAAUCAUUAUCAUCUUCAUUGCUGGUCAUUUAAAGAAUUAAGAGGAAUAGAAAAUAAUGGACUGUAUUUGAGGUUAAAUACGACCUUCUGUAUGUGUGUUUUCACAGGCAAGGUCUGUAAAGCCCAGGGAGACCAUGGACAGCAGGUAGUUUCUAUUUUUUUCUCCAUAAUUUAUUCCUAGAAACUCAUAAAAUGGGAUUGUAUUUUUCUAUAAGAACACAAUAUUAUGGUUUAGAUUUCUGACCAGCGUCUUGGCCACGUAAAAUGUAGCUGUGACAAAUAGUGUCUAUCAUAAAACCACGCAAGCCUUAUUUUGUGAUCUAGAAUGGAUUUUUGGCUGCUUCAGCCAUGAGUUAAGUGACUGGUGGGUGAUUUUAUUAGUCCAGUCUUUUUUAAACUUGUAUCUACUUCUGUUGCAAACAGGCACUGUCAGUCGUGUAGUGAAACCAUUUGCUGUGGACUCAGCCUGGACCGGACAGGCCUGUUGUACAGAAGUGUCCAGAAUUCAGCUGCAGGUCUUAGUUCACGUGCAGGUCAAUUAAGUAGAGGAGCAGCAGCAUGGGUAUAGUAGGAAACAGGGUGGCACACACGUGCCUCUACUAUCCCAGUUUAACCAGUGUUUUUCAGUCCUGGAAAAUUGGUCAGGGUCUCAUCUGAUCAUAACAAUUUUGAGCUGAGGCACCAUUCAACUGUUAGCCUUUCUGCACUGGUUUCUUUGUAUUUUGGGAAGAAGCAACUGUAGACGGCUCUAUGUAUAUAGGUGCGUUUCUAUUCAUAACAACUAGAGUAAAAUUGACUGUAAAUACCUUUGUAUAUAAUUUCCUAAAUGCUGUUGUUCACAAUUUUGGAUUAAAAUGUGUUUUUCACCAAGUAAAAAAAAAAAAAGACUUCGA